AUGUUGAAGCCAGUGGACCGAAGAACAUCAUCACAGGCAUCACAGGAUUUGGCACCCUUUUUGGAAGAAAGCAAGAUGACCCUCACUGCGAGGUCUUUGCGAAUGCAGCUGGAGACUUCAGAAGCAUGUCUACAAGAGGAGGAGGCAGAGACGCAGCAGCUGCGCCAAGAGCUCAUCCUCCGGCAAGAGGUCUUCGCUGCUGAUGCAGCUCGAGAGAUGUGGGAGAAGAGCCAGAAGAGCCGUUUGCAAAGUGCUGAGCAAGCGAUUGCAGAUCAUGCGGAGGCAAUUCAGCAACAAAAAAGCAGAGCACGGGGUUCAUCAGCCAAGCGAGAUCGCUUGGAAGAGCAGAUGGAAGGAUUGCAAGAGGAAUACAGGUCGACUGAGCUUGAAGAGCUGGCGGCCUACAAGCAGCGCCACAGCAUGUUGGAGGAGUUCCAGGAAAUAAGGACGCAGACGCUUCGAUUAUGUGAAGAACUUGGCAGUGCGAACCAAUUGGCAGAGAUGGCCUUGGAGGAGCCACUAAAGCGAAGUCGGGAAGCGCUUCGAGAGCUGGAAGAUGUGAAGCACUUCUUUGCAAGGCCUAGCUUGGAGCAACCGGGCACCCCGACCUUCGGGGAGACCUGUGACAGACUUGGUCCAGGAGAGGCCAGGUUGGAGUGUCUCGCCAUCACAGCCAGUGAACAUGAGCGUGGCGGAUGCUUGGAAAACAUUUGGAUACACGAGGACAUCCUUGGGAACCAAGUCUUGCAGACCAAGCUCUACGAGGCCGCACUGGUGGCCAGCUCCAAGAUGGAGGAUCUCAGGGCCUCGUUGGGUGCUGCGAAUGAUGCUUUGCUGACCAGCUCCACGAUGGAGUCCAGCAUCGGGAUAAGCCCCAGCUGGGCUGCCUUGGCAGCAGAGAUCUGGGUGGAACCACCCUCGGAGCGAAGAGCGAGACUCCGGUUUAAGGGAAGCUGCUUCCUCGAUGGCAAGCCCCCUUCCACAAAAGGUGACAAGCGUGCAGCUUAG